UCCCUGCCCGGCGGCGGCGCCCAGAGGGGCUGCGGGGCAUCCGGCGGCGCAGCCUGCAGCGCAGCAGGCUCGGGCUGAGUCCCGGGCGGGCAAGCCCUUGCCGACCACUGCAGUCCGCUCGGCAAGUCCUGGACCGGGGAGAUCAAGGGGAACUUGCACCCUGCUCAAGAAGAGUGCACAGAAUGGGCUCGGGACCCUCUGGGGUUUGCGUGGCGCGGGGCGGAGGGCACGGAGAGGAGCUGGUGGGUGGUGGGAAGUGCAGCUGGCAGCAUAACCAAGUCUGGUAAAUAGCGCGGGGUGGAGGACCUGAACCACUUGGGACAGCCGGGCUGCAUUCGCCUCUACGGCACAGAAUAACAAACAGCUUUGCUGCAGAGAGGGCUUUCCCCUUCGCUGGAGCCGUGGGCUGCAGCCAAGCCCCCGCGCUCAGAAGGAAGCUGAGAUCUGGGGCAGCAGCCUGGCGCCGGCUACUCCCCACCCCCAGAGAUCAGGUUCCGGGAUUUUUGGGUGGAGACUGAGCCUCGGCGGUCCCUCGGCUGGACCCCGGGGGCUUAAGAGCUGAGCUGCGCUCGGGCCCGCAGCAGGAGCCGACCGCGCGGGCAGGAGGGGGUUAAGGUGGCGCUAGCGCCCGCGGCCAGCGGGAGGGUCUGGUCCUCUGCGCCGAGGCGAGCGGUGAGCGCGCCGGACGGAAUCCCGGCCGGAGCCCGGGGCGAUGGGGAGAGGGCCCAGACCCCUCCCCGCCCUGGGGCCUGCGGGAUUGGGUCGGCAGGGGGCCAGUCCGGAAGCCGGCUUCCUCCAGGCUCCCCCUCUCGCUGCUGCCAAGCAGCCUCACAGCUAGGCAGGCUGAGCGUUUGUUCUGUGCUCCCUGCUGAGGAGAUGUGAGGGAUUUUCUCUUGGGGGAGAAAUCAGUGGUCGAGCGACUGCCCAGCUCAAAUGCCACCCGGCUCAGAGGGAGGCCUGCGGCCCAGGGAUCCCGGAGGGAGAGCAACGUCACACCUCCUGAGGACAGCCAGGACUCCAGCUUUUGCUGAGCUUUGCAUCUUGCCUCCUUCCUUCAAAAGGCUCCAGGCCCAUGCUCGGCUGUCUUCAAGUCCCGCAUGCCCCUGGCCAGGCAUCACAUCGCCCCUCCAGCCCAGCCCAGUCCUAGAGCUCACCUCCAGGACCCAGAAUCUGCCCUCCUGCCCAGAAUGACUCACCAUUAUUUCUAGCUGGAGUGAGAAGACGUGAUGGGGAGUUGGGCUGCCUGUUUGUGCAUCUAAGAUUCCUGCAGCAUCUAAUCAGCUCUGCAAGGAAGAGAGCUUCAGGUUCCUGUCUGGUCAGCCAAGCGAGGCUGUCUCUCCAGCUCUCAGAGAGCUCUCGGGGCUCUCCUGCAGGAGACCAGGCCAAUGCUCCUGUGCUUCCUGGGGCCAGUAGCAGCACCCUGAGCUCCCUGCCACCAGGCAGCUGAAAGGCAUAGCGUGAGGCGCUUCUCAGUCCCAAUUAUGACAGUGGCCACCGGAGACCCAGCAGACGAGGCUGCUGCCCUCCCUGGGCACCCCCAGGACACCUAUGACCCAGAGGCAGACCACGAGUGCUGUGAGAGGGUGGUGAUCAACAUCUCAGGGCUGCGGUUUGAGACCCAGCUAAAGACCUUAGCCCAGUUUCCAGAGACCCUCUUAGGGGACCCAAAGAAACGAAUGAGGUACUUUGACCCCCUCCGAAAUGAGUACUUUUUCGAUCGGAACCGCCCUAGCUUUGAUGCCAUUUUGUACUACUACCAGUCGGGGGGCCGAUUGAGGCGACCUGUGAAUGUGCCCUUAGAUAUAUUCUCUGAAGAAAUUCGGUUUUAUGAGCUGGGAGAAGAAGCGAUGGAGAUGUUUCGGGAAGAUGAAGGCUACAUCAAGGAGGAAGAGCGUCCUCUGCCUGAAAAUGAGUUUCAGAGACAAGUGUGGCUUCUCUUUGAAUACCCAGAGAGCUCAGGGCCUGCCAGGAUUAUAGCUAUUGUGUCUGUCAUGGUGAUUCUGAUCUCAAUUGUCAGCUUCUGUCUGGAAACAUUGCCCAUCUUCCGGGAUGAGAAUGAAGACAUGCAUGGUGGUGGGGUGACCUUCCACACCUAUUCCAACAGCACCAUCGGGUACCAGCAGUCCACUUCCUUCACAGACCCUUUCUUCAUUGUAGAGACACUCUGCAUCAUCUGGUUCUCCUUUGAAUUCUUGGUGAGGUUCUUUGCCUGUCCCAGCAAAGCCGGCUUCUUCACCAACAUCAUGAACAUCAUUGACAUUGUGGCCAUCAUCCCCUACUUCAUCACCCUGGGGACAGAGUUGGCCGAGAAGCCAGAGGACGCUCAGCAAGGCCAGCAGGCCAUGUCACUGGCCAUCCUCCGUGUCAUCCGGUUGGUAAGAGUCUUUAGGAUUUUCAAGUUGUCCAGACACUCCAAAGGUCUCCAGAUUCUAGGUCAGACCCUCAAAGCCAGCAUGAGAGAAUUGGGCCUGCUGAUAUUCUUUCUCUUCAUAGGGGUCAUCCUUUUCUCUAGUGCUGUCUAUUUUGCAGAGGCCGAUGAGCGAGAGUCCCAGUUCCCCAGCAUCCCAGAUGCCUUCUGGUGGGCAGUCGUCUCCAUGACAACUGUAGGCUAUGGAGACAUGGUUCCGACUACCAUUGGGGGAAAGAUAGUGGGUUCCCUAUGUGCAAUUGCAGGUGUGUUAACUAUUGCCUUACCGGUCCCUGUCAUUGUGUCCAAUUUCAACUACUUCUACCACCGGGAGACAGAGGGAGAGGAGCAGGCCCAAUACUUGCAAGUGACAAGCUGUCCAAAGAUCCCAUCCUCCCCUGACCUAAAGAAAAGUAGAAGUGCCUCUACCAUUAGUAAGUCCGAUUACAUGGAGAUCCAGGAGGGGGUAAACAACAGUAAUGAGGACUUUAGAGAGGAAAACUUGAAAACAGCCAACUGCACCUUGGCUAACACAAACUAUGUGAAUAUUACCAAAAUGUUAACUGAUGUCUGAUUGAAACCUAUUACCAUACUCACAGCUCAAUGGAACUAAUGCAGAUGUUGCAUAAUAGCCUGCAUUGUAGUCAGUGUGUUCUACAGUGUGUAUCUGGUUCUGCAUGGAAAGCAAUAGUUGUGCAAGUGACUUUUGAUCUUUUGACUUUGAUUUAGGACACAGAAUAUCUAUCAUGGCUUUCAUGCACAUCCUCAUCACCGGCUUAUGAGUUUCCAAAGAUGGGAGUCACCUAUCAAGCUAGGAUUUCAGAACGACAUUGAGGCCACCUCAUAUCCAAUACACAGUGCACCAUAUCAGUGCCAUCAUUCCUUCCUAAUGAAAUGCACACAACAUCUAGGAGAUGCACUCCCCUCCCCGCCAUCCCACCACCCCAUUUGAGCCCACCUGCCCUUUCACAGAGGAACACAAUCAUGGUUUAGCUUUAAAUAGCUGGUGUUUACUCAAAAGGUCAUUCUCAUUUUUGCAUUGAAAAGAACACACAGUCCUGUGUGUUGGAAUUACUUUCUGUGUCACAGGCUGAGGUUUGUGAAUUGCAAUUGCCAAGUAGAUGCUCCGGAGGCUUGUGUUUCAUAACGGAAAAUGCUGCAUUCUGCUUUUUCUCUGCAGUGUCGAUGUGAGGGAAGCCCGGGGGAGGGACAGUUAGUAUAACCGAAUAUGAGUUGUCAAGUUUCACAUUUGUUCCCUUAGGCCUAUGGGGAGAAGCUAACAAACCAACGGACCUCUAAGCCUCUGAUUUCACCAUUUUUGCAGGCU